GCCCAAUUCAGAACUGUUUUAUGCAUGUCAUGAUUUAUAUCACGCAGGUGCCCUUGCUAUCUCUUCAGCCUCAUUCACCUUCUGUCAAGAUUGCUUUCCAUGACAAGCGUCGAUGGGCGAAGGCAAACUGCCGUCGACGACUCUAAGGACUUCUGACCAGCAGCAGUCUUCCCAGGCAAGAUGAGCAGCAGCGGUGGUAUCCUUCUCCCUCGGGAGCACACACGGACCAUUGUGUCUGCUCGCGGGGGGAGAGCCUUGGCUGCCAGCAUUACUUUCACUUUUCUUGCGACAUGUGCCGUUGCUGCCCGUCUCUACACCAGGAUGAAGAUCAUUCGCAGGAUUGAGCCGAACGAUUGGAUGGUUCUGGUUGCCUUGCUAUUCUCAUACCUUUUCCUGGGCUUCUUCAUAGGAGAGACGGUGUACGGGAUGGGCGUGCCCGGGCCUCAGAUCCCGCCGUCAACGCUGAAAAUGCAGAUGCAGAAUUUCUGGAUCACCGUCCCAAUGUACAACACUGCCGUUAUCUGUGCGAAGGCAUCGAUCCUGAUGCAGUACUUCCAUGUCUUUCCGACAAGGGGCAUGCGGAUUGCUUGCUCGAUUAUGAUCACCGUCCUGGCCAUAUAUGGCACCUGGGCCGUCCUGAGCGGAUAUCUGAACUGCAUCCCUGUGGCAAAAUUUUGGGAUCCCACUAUUCCUGGAUACUGUAUAGAUAUGAAGGCACUUUGGUUCUCCAACGCCAGCAUGCACAUUUUUACCGAUAUUGUGAUUCUGGUCAUGCCUCUGCCUGCCUUGCGGUCCUUGGAUCUUCCUCAACGACAGAGGUUAGCACUCAUGGGAAUCUUCGCGGUCGGUGGAUUCGUCUGUAUCACCAGUAUCUUCCGUCUUAUCAGCUUGAAGGUGAUCGCUCAGUCCUCAGACCCAACAUAUGAUAACGUAGGCGCAGCCACCUGGUCCGCUAUCGAAUGCAACGUUGGAAUCAUUUGCGCCUGUCUGCCUACCCUUCGCCCCCUCAUCUCCCGCAUCCUCCCGCGCUUCCUUUCAACACGCAGCGGUGGGAGCAGACCAGCCAAGCGAAAUACUUUCUCUCGGGGACGUGCUCCCACCUACCGCGGCGGAACUACUUCAUCCACUGCUGGAACCCCAGGCGACGACCUCGAGUACGGUAUGUGCAGCGUCGACAUGGACCGUGUGUUGGCAGGAAUCCCCUUGCCACAUCCUGCGAACAGUCACAGAACCGGUCGAGAGGUCAGGAAGGAAGAGAAAGACAGCGUUCUGCUAGCGAAAGAGAAGGAGUUCAACGGUUCGGAGUCGCCUUCGUCAGCAUCGGGGUCGUCAAGGUAGAGUAGUGGCACUACCAAGACCAAUCCGAUAGAAAGGUCAUGUUUAACAUGGCUAUGUCCUAAUUACCCUAUCUUUCCUUCUCCUUUUGGACAUUCGGUUGCCUUGACCUGGCUAUAUAUUCUUCAUUUUCUCAAUCUGUACUAUUGUACCGACUUUUAUUUUUCUUCUUCUAUGGUCUGAUAUUCCCCAAAUUUUGUGUCUAGCGCACAAUGAAAGAUGGAAGGAAGAGUCUUGUGUACUUUUGUUGUCCAUGUCUAUCCACUCUCAGG